AUGACUUCACAAGAAAUUGAAGCUUCUCAGUCUGGCGAUGAUGGAGGAAUGGGAGGUCCUGGUGCUCCAACGCCACUCUCUGCUUUAGAGGGAGUUGCAGGUCUAACUAAAAGAGAUAUUCAAAUGAUUGUGGAUGGUGGAUAUAACACCGUAGAGUCUGUCGCAUAUACGCCGCGGCGAAUUCUAGAACAAAUUAAGGGUAUCUCUGAGCAAAAGGCCACAAAGAUUUUGACAGAAGCAUCAAAAUUGGUUCCCAUGGGUUUCACAACUGCCACUGAAAUGCAUCAACGAAGAAGCGAGCUAAUAUCUAUCACAACUGGUUCUAAGCAAUUGGAUACACUUCUAGCAGGAGGAGUUGAAACAGGAUCUGUCACCGAAAUAUUUGGAGAGUUUCGUACUGGAAAGAGUCAAAUUUGUCAUACUUUAGCAGUUACUUGUCAAUUGCCAUUCGACAUGGGUGGCGGAGAAGGUAAAUGUCUAUAUAUUGACACGGAAGGGACAUUUCGUCCUGUUCGUUUACUUGCGGUGGCCAAUCGAUAUGGCCUUUCCGGCGAAGAAGUUCUCGAUAAUGUUGCAUAUGCAAGGGCCUACAAUUCCGAUCAUCAGUUACAACUUCUCAAUCAAGCAGCACAAAUGAUGUGCGAAACCAGAUUCUCCUUACUCAUUGUCGACAGUGCCACCGCGCUUUAUCGUACAGAUUUCACAGGGAGAGGUGAGCUCUCUUCCAGGCAAAUGCAUUUAGCAAAGUUUAUGCGCAUGCUUCAACGUCUAGCCGAUGAGUUUGGUAUUGCUGUGGUUAUCACAAAUCAAGUUGUUGCGCAAGUUGAUGGAGGACCAAGCGCAAUGUUCAACCCGGAUCCUAAGAAGCCUAUCGGAGGUAAUAUCAUUGCACACGCAAGUACAACCAGAUUGAGCCUCAAAAAGGGUCGUGGAGAGACUAGAAUUUGCAAGAUCUACGAUAGUCCUUGUUUACCAGAAAGUGAUUGUCUUUUCGCUAUCAAUGAAGAUGGUAUUGGAGAUCCAAGUCCAAAGGAUCUUGAGAAGGAUUAG